GGGAGGAAAAGAAAUUAGAUCUAAUGACAUGAACUCCGGUAGAUAAAUGUGGAAUAUAUAAAACUUGGCGCAUCGAGCACAAGAAAACUGAAAAAAUAGAGUGUACUUUCAAUUUAGCCUGGAAGGAAUAGAGCCGAUGGCAUGAAUCCAAAGCAUGUUAAUCCUUUAUUAGUCCUAAGCCUAGCAUCAGCAUAACUAAAGGUGAGUUGUUGCCCUUUCCAUAUAUCUCUAUCGGAGAAAAAGCAGAGCCUUGAGAGCAAUGAACAGGAGCUCCUUACUAAGAGUCUAAGAUAGGCUGUAGGUUGCCUCAAUACUAAGAAAUAACCUGGAUAUGAAUGACAACAUGGAGGUAACCGACAACUAAAGCAGAUCCAGGAAAAGCAAAAGCAACAUGAAGAUGGCAGACGGAACUUUCAAUCAGCCCAUCCCUAAUUAUAAGGGAUGCAUCGGAGAUGGACACUCAAGUAGUCGCAGAUCAUGUGGCGGUUGUCCCAUUAGUCCAGCACUUCUCAGGAUAGUCUAGAACCGAAGAUGAUGACCCAUCCAUGGCUCAUCUGAGGCUUGAAUGCCCAACACGAUACCGAGAGGAGCAAUCGGAGAGGUUACCAAGGGGGCAGCGAAAUACCUGUGAAGCGGAGUGGCUGGAGAGGUUACCAAGGGCGCUGGAUGAAACCUGAUCACCUGACCGGCGGCAGCGCUGCUUGCUUUGCUAGGUUUCCGACUCCCCCGAUCUGCUCAGGAUAGUCAGAGAAGAUAAACAUUUUUGUACCCCCGAUCCGAUUGACCUCUGAGAGCAAAUCAUUGUACCUUUUUUAGAGCAAAUCCUUGUACUUGAACUCUGCUGCUGCCAGAUUCGCGGCCGGCAACCCGGCACGGUGCUUGCAGGAGAUCGCGGUGCCGGCCAUGAGGAAGAGAGAGAUGGGCAUGGUCAUCUGCGCUGCUAAGGGAGAUUCGGCCAGUGUGAGAUUGGGGCAGUAGGGAUCGAUGAUAAAUUCGGAAACGUUAGCGGGAUCAAGGGGUGCACAUGGAAGGAUGUUACCGAGCGGGGAGGUCACAAUGGAGUGGACUGCGGCACAUAGCAGCGGGCAGACUCGCGUGGCGGCAUCGCGUGCUGGCUGGUAGAGGCCGACGGCGUGCAGGAUCGAGGCGGCGGCUGCGGGGAGACUCGCGUGACGUCUGUGGCGUGGGCGUCGUCUUGGUCGUGCUCCUGCGGCGGCCGGUCGUCGUGGUUGACCUCUUGCGGCAGCCGGUUGUUAUGGUCGAGCUCCCAUGGAGGGAGAGGGCGGCGGAAGAAGAUGGUUGGGAGCCGCGGAUGGCGGCGCCCAUCAGAGACAUGGGAGCUCGCCAUCGACCAUGAAGAGAGCGGCGGCGCCCAACCCUAGUUCGCGAGAGGGAGAUUGUGAAUCCACGGAUCCUGACUGGUGGGGCGACUGUUGGUUGAAUUGUUGUUUUUCAAGGGACUUGAAUGCAAAAUUGACGAGUGGGCGACGGACGGGUGACGACCAAAAUCUUGACGUAUUGGCAGAAUAAGGAACACAUUCCUCCUUUUUAAGUAGUGUAGAUACUAUUUAGUAGGUAAAUAGAUAUAUCCGAAUUUUAACAAAGUUGGGAGAAUUUUGGUGGAAAGGAGGGAGUACAACUCUUGUCUCACCACCACGACGAACUAACGUAACCAAUAGAACUCUCCUUUACCUGCAAGGAAAAAAUCGUGUAGCCGUCAAACAACUCUGUUGCUUGUAAUGGAAAAGAGAGAUCGAGAGAGAUUGCGAUUCCUACCGUGCCUGCCUAUAUAUUACCGCCACAGGAGUUCGGACAGCUCACGUACUGCACGCGAGAGUGCCGCCGCCAACUCCGACGACGAGCCACACCCCCACCUGCGAAGACGGCUGCCUACGGGAGAUCAGGAAGAGAUGCCAUCACCAAUGACUUGCGAUCACGUGGACACGGCUUCCGCCGGCGAGGAAGACGACGGGCUGACGGGUCUCCCCGACGACGUCCUCCUCGACAUGGUGCAGCGGCUGGUGAAUGUUGGCGACGUCCACACGGUCGGCAAGACCUGCCUCCUCUCGCGCCGGUGGAGGCAUCUGCCUAGGUACCACAUCCCCCACGUCUCCCUUGACGUCGGCGACUUCUUCCUCGCCUCCGGUUGGUGCCCCGCCGAGGUGGCGCGCGCACGGCGUGGCCGCAGGGACUGGUUCCUGCCCUGCCAGCACCAUGCCAGCCAGGGCCUCGUCCAGUCGCUGUGGUACUUCCUCGAGGCUCCGCCAAGCGUGCGGGUCAUCGAGACGCUCAAGCUAAAGAUGAUCCUCACCAAGUACGAGCUGCUGCGGCGCGUCGGGAGGCUCGUCGGCGAGGCGGCCCGCUGCGGCAGGAUCAAGGCCAGCGGCGCCAUCGAGCUCGAGCUCCUCACGGAGAGGCGCGACCUCUGCGGAACCUGGGAUGCCACGGCCGAGCUCAUGCUCGGCUACGGCGCGCGUUUCACGCAGUUCCUCCGCGGCUGCCCGCGCGCGUUCCGGGUGCUCACCAGCCUCGCCGUCGAGAACCUCAGGUUCACUGACCCCGACGCCAUCACAAACCUCGUCCGCCACUGCUGCGCCCUCGAGUUCCUGUCCAUGCGCUUCUGCGGAUUCGUGCCGCCCACGACGGUCAUGGUCGUGGACGCGCCGCCCGAGUCGCGGCUCAGGACGCUUCUGUGCCUCGAGUGCAACGUCCCCGGCAUCACGAUCCUGCAGGCGCCCAGCCUCGUCGAGUUCUACUGCGGGUGGCGGGUGCUCGUCGAGGAGGACGAGGGAGCACAGCCCCCGCCAGCGUCCUUUGGGUGCACGCCGCAGCUCAAGAAGCUCACACUCCAAUACGAGCAGUACGAAGAAGCCUACGACGACGAGGAGUAUCAUUCAGAGUGGAGGCUCAGCGAGUUCCUCAUGCUCGAGCCCCACCAGCUACAGGUGCUAACGCUCUCAUUUGAAGCUACCAAGAUCUGGGUGCAACCAGAAUACCCAAAAUAUUUGAGGCCCGCACUCGGCGGGCUAAAGGAGCUCAAUCUAGAGAAGAUCCAUCCUACCAAUGACUUUACGUGGCUCGUCUUUCAUCUACUUGGAGCUGCACCACGCUUGCAGACUCUUCACAUCGAGGUCUUCAACCACGUGUGCCACCCCGACUGGCACAAGAAACUCGACAUAGAGACGGACACGGUGUGCAUGCCGCCGCUCGGGUUCAAGCACCGCCGCCUGAAGGAGGUGUCCAUCCGCCGCGCGUUCCAUGUGUUCAAGGACAUGCCAUUCGCGAGAAGGAUCUUGGAGAUGGCUGUGAAACUGGAGAAACUUACCCUUGGCGUGGAGGACUUGGGCUGUGACGGUUGCACGGUCACGUUGCCGAGAUGGCCGGCUCUAGCCAGUUCUAGGCACACGUUCAACAGAGCUAGCAAGGAUGUCGAUAUGCUCGUGGAGAAGCUGAAACAUGGCAUCGCCACGUCUGCCCAGAUACAAUUGCUUUGAUCUGAGACCGAUGAGAUUUUGCUUUAUGAUACGGAGUAUAUAUAUUGCCAUUGCGCAUCUGUUGGGGGAUUUUUGGUGUACAAGUAGUUGUUUCCUUACCCAGCUACUCGUACUGCCAGUUAAGUUAAGUUCAGAACUUUCAGGCACUAUUUAGAAGCAAAUUCAUUGCUCA